AUGUACGGUCAGGAGGCCAUUGUACCGGUGGAAUUCAUUGUACCCAGCCUGUGGAUAGCAAUUGAGAACCGACUAGGAGACAUGGAGAGUCUGCGGAAACGACUAUACACGCUGGGUAAGCUGGAUGAACGAAGAAUGAUGGCCCAAUGGGCCACUGAAGCAGCUCAGCAACGACAAAAGUUUUGGCAUGAUAAGCAUCUUAGACGUAUGAAAUUUCGUCCAAGCCAAUGGGUGUUGAAGUACAACGGCCGAAAUGAGAUAAAACCUGGGAAAUUUAAAGUGAGAUGGUUGGGUCCCUACAAAGUCCAAGAAGUAGAAGAGAAUGGAGCAAUCAAGUUGUCGACAUUGGACAACCAACCAAUCAAGGAGACAGUAAACGGGUCGAAAUUAAAAAUGUAUCACCGCAGGCAGCAGCGGAAUGACCCAGUUCGUCCGAAGGCGGGGUUUAGCGGGACAAUUUGA